AUGGCAAUUUUUGACAUCUUUUUCUUUGUUGUCUCAGUGAUCUUCCUUGGCAUUUGCUAUGUGAAGAAAAAGUACCGAUAUUGGGAAGAACGCGGUGUGCCGUUCAUAAAGCCGUCGUUUCCUAAAGGGAAUCUCGUCACUGUGGGAAGAACUGAGCAAUUCUCUUACAUGAUGAGGAGAUUCUACUUUGAGCUCAAAGAUCAAGGCUCUCCGAUUGGUGGAAUAUACUUCUCUGUGAAACCUGUGGCUUUGGCUUUGGAUUUGGAUUUUAUCAAGACAAUUCUCAUCAAAGAUUUCCAGCACUUUCACGACAGAGGAUUCUACAAUGACAGGAAUGAUCCCUUGUCCGAUCACAUGCUAGUGAUGGAAGGCGAAAGAUGGAAGAAUUUGCGGACUAAGCUGAGCCCAGCUUUCACAACUGGCAAACUAAAGCUAAUGUUUCCGAUAAUUAAGGACAUCUCAGCCAAACUUGUUGCCUGUGUGGAAAGGGAAAUCGUGAAAGAUGGUGAUAUUGAUCUUGACACUUACAUGUCGCGCUUCUCAAUCGAUGUCAUCGGAAGUUGCGCCUUUGGACUGGAAUGCAACAGUCUCAAUGAUCCAGACACGGAAUUUUAUCGAAUGGGAAGGAAGGCUUUCUAUGAAACAGGACAUCAAGCUUUCAAGCGAUGGUUUGCAACUACUUUCAAAAGCCUCGCUACAUUUUUACGCUUCAGAGUCACAAGGAAAGAUGUUGCAGAAUUCUAUACGGGAAUAGUAAAGAAAACUGUGUCUUACAGGGAAAGUGAGAAUGUUGAGAGGAAUGAUUUUAUGAAUCUGCUGAUUCAACUAAAGAACAAAGGAAAGCUCGAUGACGAUCCAGGAAAGAGUGUCGGAAAAAUCACUCUUAAUGAAGUCAUUGCCAAUGCUUUUCUCUUCCUUGUUGCUGGCUUCGAAACAUCUUCCAUGACCAUGAAGUGCUGCUUGCUCGAGUUAGCGCACGAAAUUAAGAUUCAGGGUCGCCUUCGUGAAGAGAUAAGCUCAGUUCUUAGACGAUACGGUAAUAAAAUCACUUAUGAGGCUUUAUCAGAGAUGAAGUACUUAGAUCAAGUUAUUUACGAAACACUGCGAAAGCAUCCAGUUGCAGGAACUCUUGCUCGCUGCCUUGAGACUGACUAUAAAGUCCCGAAGACGGAUGUGGUUUUGGAGAAGGGAACUCAUGUGUUUAUUCCAAUUAUGGGCAUUCAUCGCAAUCCUGAUUUCUUCCCAGAUCCCGAUAAGUUCGAUCCCGACCGCUUCACUCCUGAGGCUAUAAAGUCCCGCCAUCCUUGUGCUUAUCUGGCCUUCGGAGACGGACCGAGGAAUUGCAUAGGCAUGAGAUUUGGGAUGAUGCAGACUAAGAUUGCCAUCAGUGGUCUUCUGAUGAACUACAAGUUUUCUCCCUGCGACAAGACAAACUUCCCUGUCAAGUAUGAUCCUCCGAGUCGCCUUCUAACACUCCUCGGCGGAUGUUGGCUGAAGGUGGAAAAGCUCUAG